AUGGUUGCAGCUGCAUAAACAGGAGCUCCUAAAAAAAAUCCUUUGAAAGCUAUUAUUUCAGGUGGUCUUGCUGGAGGUAUCGAAAUUAUGAUUACUUAUCCCACCGAAUUCGUCAAAACAAAGAUGCAACUUUAUCCUGAUUUAGCUAAAAAAGGCAUAAUGUUCUGUGCUAAUGAUACAAUAAAGAAACACGGAAUAAUAGGAUUAUAUAGAGGAUAGUCAGUUUUAAUUUUGUUUUCUGUUCCAAAAGUAGCCGCUCGUUUUGGUGCAAACGAAUAUUUAAAACAACAUUAUUUUACUGACAAAAAUAAUAGAUAUCAUACUUUCUGUGCCGGUUUAGGUGCUGGUAUUUUCGAAGCAAUAACAGUUGUUACACCUUCUGAGACUAUAAAAGUGAAAUUGAUUCAUGAUCUUUUACUCGAUUAACCUAAAUUUAGAGGACUUAUACAUGGUUGCACUAGUAUUUCUAAAUAAUAUGGAAUCUCUGGUCUUUAUAAAGGUUUGGUUCCUACCAUUUUGAAAUAAGGAAGUAAUUAAGGUAUUAGAUUUUUAGUAUAUGGAGAUGUGAAUAAAUAAUUACAAGCAUUAGGAUGUAAUUAGAUUGUUUCAAGUUUACUUGCCAGUGGUUUUGCUGGUAUAUGCUCUACUUUAGCUAAUACACCAGUUGAUGUUAUUAAAACUAAUAUGUAAGGCCUAAAUGCUGGAAAAUAUAAGAAUUGGUUCGAUUGUGCAGCCCAUAUUGCAAAAAAUGAAGGGUUAAAAGGAUUUUAUAAAGGAACUGUGGCUAGACUUUCGAGAGUUGUGGCUGAUGUUGCUAUCACUUUCACAUUGUUUGAGUAAAUUUCAAAAGGUUUAAAUUAUGUUUGGCCUGAUAAACAUUGA